AUGAGUGAUUAUCUCCCCUCCUUCAUCGUCGAACCCGUCCUGCGCCAAGCACGGCGAUUCUCUCGACUCAGUAGUAGUGCAGACGAGUCGCCCAGUUUCCUCCCUGCCGUCCCUGAUCUGCAACGGUGGAAUCCUUCCCGGCUGUGGAACACAUCACCUCCUCCUACGCUGGAGGAGCCGGAUGGAGAGAACCAAGAGACAACUGUGCAGUCCAUAACCCGGACCAUUCAAUUAUGGGCCAACCAGUUGAACGGCCUCGACCAGUUUCCCUCUCCUCCCCUACAGGCAAUGGAUGACUCUGGCCAUGAAUCAUUACUACAAACAACAGCCGAAUUUCCUCCACUCGAAGCAGAAGCUUCGUCACCACCGCGGCCAUCCUUGUUGGAAGAUCAUCGCACCAGCAGUGAAACCUCACUCAAUCCUGCUCAAGAGUUGUCAUACAGAUCCAGAGUCCAUGAGGUUCAUGCGAGACCUCAUGCCUCGUCUGAUCCGCUUGGGGCUGGUUACACCGGGUCUUUGAGCGCUCACCUGGCGGAUAUUGGACAGGAAGACUAUAAUACUGGCGUCCACCGCCAGCGAGAUGCAUCUGGUACAUUACCCGAAGAUGAUGGGAUGGGUCCUCUCCGAAAAAAAAUCCGUGCGAUUUGGGAAGGACCGAGCACCCCAGUCGAAAAGUCGAGGCUUGUCCAUAGUUUGAUGAUGGAGCGAUAUCAGACCACGCAGAGAAUGCGGCCUGCCAAAACGCCUUGGCGGUCACUUGAUCCUCCUCUACGACCGGGAUCCUCCAGCUCGAUGAUGUCGGGGGCUAGUCAAGAGAUCAUCUACAACCUCAUUCCGGAAGAUCUCGUUCCCACCUACGCGCCCCGAGACGAAGCCGCUCCUGGAGUACUAGACUCUGCGGCAGAUUCAUCCACUCCGGAGCUUGGCUGUAUUCAUUAUAAGCGCAACGUUAAAAUGCAAUGCAACCUGUGCGAGAGAUGGUACACAUGCCGAUUAUGUCAUGACGAGGUGGAGAACCAUACCCUACCACGCCGAGAGACCAAGCACAUGCUCUGUAUGCUCUGCAAUACACCCCAACCAGUGGGCCAAUUCUGCAAGAUGUGCCAUGUCCAGGCCGCAUGUUAUUACUGUCCUGUCUGCAAACUUUGGAACAAUGACCCUGCCAAGUCAAUAUACCACUGCGACGACUGUGGCAUAUGCCGGCUGGGGGAGGGUUUGGGCAAAGAUUUCUUUCAUUGCAAGACGUGUGCGGCGUGUAUGUCAAUCCAGGCCGAAAGCACGCAUAAGUGCAUUGAGAAGAGCACCAAAUGUGACUGCCCCAUCUGUGGAGAGUACUUGUUCACUUCUAACAAGCCGGUGGCAUUUAUGCGUUGUGGCCACAGCAUUCACGAGUCAUGCUUUGCAGCAUGGUGCAAUGCCAGCUACAAAUGCCCCCUAUGUUCCAAAAGUAUUGCCAAUAUGGAGAGCCAGUUUCGGAGACUGGACAGACACAUCGAAGAACAGCCGAUGCCCGAGGAAUAUCGCGACAAUAGGGCGUACAUUUUCUGCAACGAUUGCAAUAGCCGGAGCGUCACCAAGUAUCACUGGUUGGGACUGAGAUGCGCCAUCUGUGAAUCUUACAACACGACCCAGUUGGAGCUUCUAGGCGCCGGCGAGACAUCCCAACUCCAGGAAGCACAGGAACGUGCUGCCCAGGAAGCCAGAGUCUGUGAGGCGGCCAUCACGGCGAGUCAAAGCCACACUCCGACCGAUCAGAUGACACAGCCGGUGGACAUUGCCAGGGCUGCUACCAUUGAGAUGCCCCCCGGUUCGAUCGAGACAGAAAUACGAUCUCCGACAAGUAGGUCGUCGUGGCUGUUGCCCCAUUCACCGACGGCUCGAUCCACCCGGUCGCCAUCGCCAGUGGUCGGAAACGGCAAUUAUUUCGGCACCGGUCAGCGCGGCGUGGAAACGGUUGCUGCGGAACCUGUACCCAGACGCGGAACCACACCUCUGCAAGAUGACGACAGCUUGGAUUUCUGGGGGCGGCCAAGUUCACCGAGUCAGCACGAGGGGCUGGAAGCUGGUGUCGGUUCCGAAUCCGAGUCCGAGUCGGAAAGUAGUGAUGACAAUGCUAUGGAGGAUGAUGAGGAUGACGGAGAGGAAGAGGAGGACGCUAUGGAUUUGAUACUGAUUGGGCACAGAUGA